AAAGUGGUGACCAAAGCAGGAGCAGCAGCAGGAGGAGUAGCAGCAGGAGGAGUUCAUCACUUUUCUUUUUCACAGUCGACUAUCUGUCUCUGCAGAGAUUCAGCCUUUCGUGCAGUCUACUACACCUGUCUGCCAAACUCCAGCGUUGAUGGGCGCGGCUGGGACCUGUGCCCAAAUCACUGUUGUGACUUGCCUGGGAAAGUUUAGCUGAAAAGGCACAAAAGAACCGAGGACUUUAGGAACAUCCCACCACGACGCGUCAACUUCAUAUAAACACUUUAUUCCUCUCGUGGAUCAGUCGAUCCAUCUUUGAGAGGAGGAGGAGGAGGAUUUGAUUGAUUGUUGUCCGAGCUGGCUGAAGAUAAAAUGGGAUGGACGAAUUAACAAGACAGAUGGACUUCUCAGGAGGAUUGUCGGGAGAAAAGGUUGUGACAGAAACUAUAACGUCCACGACCAGACUGUCUUCUCUCCCACCAAAGGGAACCAGUGGAUCAAAUCACAGGAAUAUGUCCAGCAGUGCUGGAGGGCUGGGCUUGGAGAAGAAUGUCUUAACCCAGAACAGCAGUGGAACUUAUUUCUCCUCAUCCUCUGUAGGUGUGAACACCAGCUACAGCUCCUCAGGAGUUUACGUAGGAGGUGACUCCUCAGGAGGUGUUGAUGGAAUUGGGGGAUACUUAGAUGAAGAAGGAUUUGGAAUUGGAGGCGGAGGAGGCGGAGGAGGAGGAGGAGGAGGAGGAGGAGGCGGUGGGAGUUAUCUCGUGAGCUCGGUGUCAAAGGUCAGGUCCAGCUCGUCGGGCGGUGCCAGGCGAACGCAGACCGCUGGCUCAUCAGGAGGCCUGUCACCAGGUUUCCGGGAGAGGAAGAACAUUUCAAGCCGCUCAGGAGGUUAUGAUGGAAGUUCCAGUGCUAAUUCCUCUCCAGAAUUUACACGCAAGGAUUAUGGGAACUAUUGCUCCAGCACCACCAGAGGGAGGAGCGAAAGCAGAGAGAGUGAGAUCAGAGCCAGAUUACAAAGUGCCUCCCCCACCGCCUGCAGAUGGACGGAGCUGGACGAUGUGAAAAAGCUGUUGAAGGGACGCUCUAGCAGCGUCAGCCCCACUCGCUCCUCCAACACCUCCAUCACCCUGCCGGUGCCUAAAAAGGCUACAGUGGAAACCAAGACUAUCACUGUGGCCUCUCAGACAGGUUCAACUUCAUUUGCCUCUGGUGUGAGGUCAGGCGGCUUUCACACCAUUGAAACAUCAAGCCUGUUUGACAACGGUCUGGCAUCUGGCCAGUUUGACAGUGAUAUAAAAUCAGGCCAGUAUGACACUGGCCAUAAAUCUAGCCAGUAUGAUGGCAGCCUGAAGUCAGGACAGUUUGAUACUUUUAUAAGAACAGGCCAAUAUGACAGUGUGAAGUCAGGACAGUAUGAUGUUACUCUGAAAUCAGGACAAUAUGAUACUGGUGUCAGAUCAGGCCAGUAUGAUGUUACUCUGAAAUCAGGACAAUAUGAUACUGGUGUCAGAUCAGGCCAGUAUGAUACAGGUGUGAAGUCAGGACAGUAUGACAUGAGUUUGAAAUCAGGGCAGUACGACAGCACGAUGAGAUCAGGCCAAUAUGACACGCUGGACGCUAUACUUCCAUCUUUCUCUUGGUCCACCUCCACGCUGCCUGCUGCCUCCACCACAGUGGUUGCUGCUAACUCCAGCAGCUACUCAUAUCAGACCGGCACCAACAACAUGCCGGGAGGAUCUUCGCCGCUUGGCGUCACGUCACCCUCGUCCCUGUCAGUUUAUGGCUUUCAGAAUAAUCUGGCUCCCACCUCAGCCAGUGUUCUCACCACCAGUGGAGCCAAUGUAAACGCUAGCGUUGGAGGUUAUGGAGUUCAGAAGAAUGUGUCAAAUAGUGGUGGUGUCAUCAGCACUGGAGUCUCUACAACCACUAGAUCCCAAACUGAUGAUUCAUAUAAGAACAAGUUCCUGAUCUCUGAGAAGGAAAACGUUCAUGCCAACAGAGACAGAGACACAGAGAUGCUCAUUUUGGCCAAAGACAGUGGUAAGCAGUUCACCAGCAGCAGCAGCGUUCACAUAGGAGGAGGAUCACUAUCAGGAGAUUCAAUAAAGAAAGAGAAGAUUAUUUCAAGCUACAGUGAGACGAUGCCACUGAAGACGGAGACGGGCAACUCUUACUAUGGAUCCUCUGGAGUUAUAAUGAAAGACAAAGCCACCUAUGCAGAGAUUCACAGGGACAGUGGCAUCUUUGGAGGUGGAGGACUGUGCUGCUGCGCCGACUCCUGUUGCUCCUGGUGGAAAUGGCUGCUGGGUCUUCUCCUCCUCACUCUGCUCCUGCUGGGACUCCUCUUUGGGCUCAUUGCACUGGCUGAGGAUGUGAGAAAGCUGAAAAAUCGAGUGUCCACCCUGGAGGCAGAGUCCUCGGUCGCAGCUGCUCGAACCAGUCGGCUCUCAGGUUCUUCCAAUGACAUCAACAUCUAUGGUGCCGGUGGUGCAGCUGGUGCAGGUGCAGCUGGUGCAGGUGUAGCUGGUGCAGGCGCAGCUGGUGGAGGCACCAGCCACACUGACAACACGCUAAUCCUGGGAACUGGAGGUGGAGGUGGUGGAGGAUCAAGCUCUAGCUCCAGCACACGCAUCGGUAUUGCAGCUGGUACUGGUACUGGUGCUGGUGGCUCCACCAGCAGCAAUGGCGUUGACAUCAGCAUUGGAGGUGGUUCUGCUAGUGCCGGUGGAGCCAGUGGAGCUAGCGGAGGCAGAGUUGGAGGUGCCGGCACCAGCUCCAGUGGUAGCACAGGCAGUGCUGGUACCGCUUUCGGUGGCAGUGCUGGUGGUACCAGUCACAGUGGCAGUUCUGGAAGUGCUGCUGGUACCGGUCACGGCGUGGGUGGUGGCAGUGCUGCUGGUACCAGUUACGGUGGCAGCUCUGGAAGUGCUGCUGGUACCAGUUAUGGCAUGGGUGGUGGCAGUGCUGCUGGUACCAGUUACAGUGGCAGCAGUGGAAGUAGUGGUACCAGUUACGGGUAUGGCCAUGACCUCAAGAUCAGUGUGAGUGGAGGACACAUAGACACUGCUGCUCUUCAGAUGCUGAUGCAGCACAUGUUACGAUCUGAAAUUCAGUCCCAGGCCUUCAGAGGUUAUAUAGUCUCCUCGGUGCAGGGAGAGAGAGGACUACCUGGACCUAAAGGGGACACUGGACUCAAAGGAGAAGCUGGUCUACCUGGACAUCCAGGUGCUCCAGGUCUGAUGGGACAUGCAGGCCCUGAGGGUCCUAAAGGACAGAAAGGAAGUCAAGGUGAUCACGGAGUGGACGGGCAGCCAGGUGUCAGAGGUCGCGAGGGUCCAGCUGGCCCCAGGGGUGAGCCAGGAUCUUCAGGCUUUGCAAUCAAAGGUGACAGAGGUGAUCCUGGAAGUCCUGGAGUUCCUGGACCUGUUGGAUCUGUCGGACCAAAAGGCGCACCUGGAGUUCAUGGACUCCCUGGGCCACCAGGUCAACCUGGUCCUCACGGUUUCCGUGGCGAGGCAGGGAUACCCGGGCUUAAAGGUGACAGAGGGCUUGCUGGAUUUCAAGGACUUAAAGGUGAACCCGGUGACAAAGGUCUCAGAGGUCUGCAAGGUGAGGCUGGUUUACCAGGUGUGCAAGGACCGGCUGGAGAGAAAGGAGCCAAAGGAUCAACGGGUGAACAGGGAUCUGCUGGGCCUCCUGGACUCAGGGGUCCUGCUGGACCUCCUGGAGAUGCUGGACUUCCAGGAACACCUGGUCUUCAAGGACCACCAGGGAUACCAGGGAAUCCAGGAAGACCUGGCAUCAAAGGUGAAACAGGUGAAGCAGGAAGAAUCAUCAAUGCAGCUGGCUCCACUUCUGUCGGCAUCCCAGGACCACCUGGGCCUGCUGGUCCCCCCGGCCCUGCCGGACCUCCAGGAUUAUCAGGUCCUAUUGGUCCCGCUGGUCUGCCUGGCCAAGCUGGUCCUAAGGGUGACAGAGGGUACAAGGGAGAUCAGGGAGAACCAGGAAUAACAGUGAGAACAACUGAAAGUAUAAGCUCAACCAGAUCUGAAAGGCAGUUUGGUGCUGGUGGAGUGUCUGGUGGACUGACCGGCCCACCCGGCCCACCAGGUCCUCCUGGACGUCCAGGAGAUUCAAGACAGGGACCUCCAGGACCACCUGGGCCUCCAGGUCGGCCAGGCUAUGGAAGUCCAGGACCUAAAGGAGAUAAAGGAGAUGCAGGCUUUGCAUCGAGCUCUGGAACAUUUUACCCUGGACCACCUGGACCACCAGGACCAGCUGGGCCUUCUGGGCCUAAAGGAUCAACAGGUUCUCCUGGACCCAGAGGAUACCAAGGUGAACCAGGCCAGCCAGGUGUGCCAGGCAAUCCAGGAAGAUCAGCAAGCUCAGACAGAGGGUCGGCCUAUUCUGGGGGACACGGGAUCCCUGGACCACCAGGUCCUCCAGGGCCUCCUGGACGUCCAGGACCACAAGGAUUUAAAGGGGACCCUGGAUCUCCUGGUAUUCCUGGAUCUUCAAGAGGCGUCUCAGUCACCUCAGGCCCUCCUGGUCCACCGGGUCCUCCUGGCCCUCCAGGCCAUCCUGGCUCCUUUGCUUCUUCUAGUGAGAUGCACCAGUACAUCUCUGACUACCUAAGUAGAAGCAGACAGGUUGGAACCCCCGGGCCUCCAGGUCCACCUGGACCUCCAGGAAUCCCAGGAACCUUCUCAGGCUCAAUAGAGGACAUCUCUACUCGAAUCAUUGCAUACAUUCAACGUUCUGGCUCAGGGCUCAGCAUUGGCGCUCAAGGUCCUCCAGGACCACCUGGUCCUCCUGGGCCUGGCUCUGGGUCCCUGACGGUGAAUGCUCUCAUUGCAAUGCUUCAGAGAGAUGAUGUGAGGAGAUAUUUGUCAGGACCACCAGGGCCACAAGGACCACCUGGACCACCAGGGUCAUCAGUAGGAUUUUCAGCCACUUACAACAUUGAGGAGAUCGCCAGAUAUGUCUUCAACAUCAUGAACGACAGAGGCAUCGCUAGAGGUCCUGCAGGGCCACCCGGUCCUCCUGGGCCUGCCGGGCCUGUCGGGCCUGCCGGACCUGCUAUUGCACGUGGCUCCGGCUUUACUUCCGCUACGAUCGACUAUACUGAACUGAUGAGAACUCCAGAAUUCCGCUCAUGGAUUAGCUCUGCCGUACAACAUGGACCUCCUGGUCCUCCAGGUCACCCAGGUCUACCUGGCCCUCCUGGCCCUCAAGGGCCUCAGGGGCCGUCAGGAAGCUCCUCAUCCACUGUGCAAGGGGUGGGGGGUCGUGGCUACAGCUUGGAGGAAAUUCAACGUUACCUGCAGAGCAAUGGGUUCAGAGGUCUUCAAGGCCCUCCUGGUCCUCAAGGUCCACAAGGACCACAGGGUCCACCAGGCAGUUACACUGGAACAGUUUCCUACAGCGGAAGCUUCCCUCGGGAGAGUAUCCGUGCUGAAAUUCAACACUAUAUGACCAGUGACAAUAUUCGUCGUUCAAUCAUUGGACCUCCAGGACCUCCAGGACCAAUGGGUCCAAAAGGAGAGCGUGGAGAGCCAGGUUACGUCCAGGGCUACUCGCAGAGCCAGAGCUACUCUCAUGGCAACUCACGCCACGGCUCUGACAGUCAGACAGUCAGAGACAUUGAUAUCCGCAGGCUCACUGAGAGAAUGGACUACUCCAACGUCGCUAUGAAAGUUACAGACUACAUCAAAAAUCAAGGCCUGCUGCAGGACUAUCUGGUUGAAGGUCCCUUGAGGGCGAAUGUAAGAGCAAUUCAAGGACCCCCUGGUCCACCAGGUCCACCCGGACCAGCCGGUCACAGCCGUGUCAUCGGUGCCUACGGCAACGUCACAGCUGACCUCAUGGACUUCUUCAGAACCUAUGGCACCAUCGCUGGCCCACCAGGAGGUCCCGGACCAAGAGGAGACAGAGGUUACCCAGGACCCAGAGGAGAGAAGGGUGAUCCAGGACCUCCAGGUUUACCAGGACUACCUGGGACAUACACUGUCCAGAUUCCACACAGGGUGCAGAAGAGGGAUACAGGCAAUAAAGUGGUUGGUCGUCACAGGAAGCUUCGCCGUCAAGCCAACGGUGGCUAAAGGGCUAACAUACUACUGGGUCGUGUCAUUUCAUUUCUACACAACUUCUUCUUUUUUUUUAGGUUCAUCUGUAGCAAUGCAAGUUAGUCAAAAUGCUCCUUGUUCUUGUCAUUUGUAGACAAGUCAGAGGACAAUUUGAGAUAAUAAAAGCGGCCAAAGAAAAUGCACCAGUCUCUUUAAAACGGCUUCAGUAGAGCUAUGGAUGGAUGGAUUUAGCUACUUGUAACACAGGCUUUAUUAUUUUGGACAAGUGGGUGUAUUAUAUUUACUUUGCUUAGCUAGAAGCUUGCAUUUAAACUUUUUCCAGGGGCAGCUUUGUUUAAGAGAAUAUCUAUUUUUACGCAAUAAGUAGCUGAUAUUUUAAUUGCACUCUGCAUCUUUUCUCGAGUGUGUGGUGUAUCUUUUUUUUGUAUUCAUUGUCUUUUUGAGGAUUAUAUUGUAUUGAGGACUAUAUAAGUGUUAAGUGUUUUGUCAACGUAACCAAUGUUUCAUAAAAGGCUACAAUACUGUUACUACCCACAUAAAUCAAGCCAAACUCCAGCUUUUAACACCCCAUAGAAAUUUUAACCUAAAUAUAUAAAGCGAUGCAUCGUUAUCUGAACCUGGCAGUCCCAGUCAGAGUAAGGGGUCAGUGGUUUAGCAUGGGGACGAGGGUCAGGACUGAUGAUUUACUUGAAAGAAAUCAUGCUGUUCGCAUGGUUAGAAGGCAGGGACUCAGAUAAUCACUAACAAAUGACUGAUUGGAUUGUAUAUUUUUGUAUGAGUGCACUGAAAUUGAUAUAUUUUCUUUAUACCUUUAAGUGUUAGAAAGAUUAAAUUAUAACAUGUUCCCGGAUUAUGUUUUACGUGAUUGAACUUAUUGACAUUUGAUCAAUAUAUCUGAAAGACACACAAAUAAAUCUAUUUUUGGA